AUGGUCGACGGUCGUAUUUGUGGGUUUGGGCGGUACGUGUCGUCGACGGGGGUGGUGGAAGAAGGCGAGUUUUUGGACGGGAUGCUGCACGGGGAAGGCCUGCGGGAAGAGCCCAAUGGCCAUGUUGAGGAAGGCACGUUUGCAUUUGGAGUGUUGGACGGGUAUGGCACUCAACGCAACAAAUUCCACGACGAGUACGACGGCAGCUUUGACAUGGGCACCAAGAGUGGGCGGGGGGUGCUACAUCUGCACGACUGCCACGCCACGCUCAGAGGGUUCUGGGCAGAUGAUUUGCCGUCUGGACGUGGAGAUUUGACGUAUUUCACCAAGUCCAACGCCCUACGAACUCGAAAGUUGUCGACCCCUGCGCCUCAACCUACCACGUCUGUCCAAGUCGAAGAGCCAGACGCAUCGGACAGUGUCGAGUUCUGGUACGAAGGGUCAUUUAGUCAAGGCAAAGUCAAGGGGCGGCACCGCCAUGUAAACGUCCGCCACCAAUCUGCCCCUGGUCACGUGCCGUUUACAACGUAUGGCAAGAGCAUCACGCACAUGUCAUUUCCCAUACAAAUGGCAGCAGCGAUGGUCAAGCGUAGCACCCGCCAUGUCAUCAACAGGCAUCGACGACGAGUACGAGAAGCUGCCUACUUGGCCGAGACCGAAACCACCAACCUGCGGUUGUACUAUGAUUUACUGGACGAGUUUUACGAAGCAUGGGCCAAUCACGUGCAAGCAGCAGGACAUGCGACCCAAUCAGAGGCCGAAGAAGAAGAUCAUCGAAAUAAGAAAAAGACCCCCAAACUCUCCAGGCGACUGGCUGACUUUCCAUCGCUGGUGCGCCGCAUUCCACUUGAAACCAAAGAUAAGAUGGCGUUGGCUUUGGCUGCCGUGGACGACUCUACGAAAUAG